AUGGCAACUCAAGGCCCCUCCCCUCUUCCUCCAACAACCAUCCUGUCCUCGAAACCCAUCUCCCAGUCCGCCGCCCACGACUUCCUCGCCGCCUAUCUCGACCGCGCCGCCACAGAUCCGGCCCUGCAACCCAACGCUAGCAUCAGCGAGCACGGCCCUAUCUCCCGCACCACAGCCGCAGCGCCGAACCUCAUUCUGCAUAAUCUGAAGCGCGUCCAGGCCGGGUUGGCUGGUGAGGUUCUGGGCCGUGAUUUGACUCUGGCAAAGAUCAAUGCCGGGGAGGCGCUGCAGGGUGAGAGCGGGGAUAAUGUCGUGUGGGAGGAUCCGACCAAGCAUGAGCAGGUGGCAGCUGAUGAUGCGAUGGAUGACGAUGAGGAGAUGCGAGGGGAAGAUGACGAGGAGAAAGGGCAGCAGCUUGGGAGGGUAGAGGGUGAGACUGACGAGCAUACCGUGGACAAGGAGGAGCGUAAGAGGAAAAAGAAGGAGCGCCGCUUGGCUGAGAAGAGAGCUAAAGCCAAGGGCGCGGAGGCAUAG